GCCCCUUAAUCCCCCGCCUUCCGGCUCCGGCGGCGACGCUCGCAGCCGGCCGCCGCCGCCGCGCCGCCAGUGUCAGCCUCCCCCGGGAGACUCCAUUUGCUCCCAGGGCGGUCUGGCCGCCGCGAAGGCGGGCGGAGAGCGAUGCCCCCGGCCCGCGGCCUGGCGUGCCCCGGGCCCAGCGCCCGCCCGCUCGCUGCCUGGCUGCGGCGGUGACAGCCUGGUCGCUGGCGUCCACGGAGGAAUCCGGGCUCCCUCCCCGCGCGCGGAGACGUCCUGCGUUCCGGAGCCCGCCCUGCGGGGAGAGGCCCUCGCUAACGCGGCUGCUCCCUGCCCUCUUACUCUCAGGAGGUUUCCGAGGCUCCGAGUGCCUAGACAGCCCCCGACAGGAACUUGGCCCAUCGAGGAUCAUCUUUCACCAGGAUUAUUGUAACAUCUUCACUGAGCCUUCCCCCGCCUCCCCUCUGAGUCCUGAUUUCUGCCAAUGAAGUUUUCCGAUGCUUUCUUUCACCAUGGGACACCAGUUAUUGUUCACCUUUUUCCGUUUCAGUUGCCCAACACAUUAGGUAGACGUUUGUGUCGUGUUAAAGUACGAAGUUGCUGCCUGUCCACUUUCACCUCAUUCGCACCGCUCCCGUCUGUCCAGCUUGCCUUAUCUUGCUCGCCUACGAUGUCCAUAACUGCUCACUUGCGUAACCUAUAGCAUUCCUUUCCCGGAGAGGCAGCCUUCCAUGCAGCGCACUGCCCGACAAAGACAGCAGCAGUCAGGGGGCCGAGCUUUCCCAUUGCAUCUUCCUAUCUAAUCUCCUGUUCCAGUAAAUAUAAAAUCCUGGAUGCAAAAUGCUGGGGAAACGGAAGCGUGUGGUGUUGACAAUUAAGGACAAGCUUGACAUUAUCAAGAAGCUUGAGGAAGGCAUCUCUUUCAAAAAACUUUCUGUGGUGUAUGGAAUUGGUGAGUCCACAGUUCGUGAUAUUAAAAAGAACAAGGAAAGGAUAAUAAACUAUGCAAACAGCUCAGAUCCGACAAGUGGGGUCUCCAAACGGAAGUCGAUGAAGUCGUCAACCUAUGAGGAGCUUGACAGAGUUAUGAUCGAGUGGUUCAACCAACAGAAAAUGGAGGGGAUUCCGGUGUCUGGAACGAUUUGCGCAAAACAAGCCAAGUUCUUUUUUGACGCUCUGGGGAUGGAAGGUGAUUUUAAUGCAUCGUCUGGCUGGCUGACUCGGUUUAAGCAGCGCCACGGUAUUCCAAAGGCUGCUGGUAAAGGAACAAAAUUAAAAGGAGAUGAAACCGCUGCCCGUGAGUUUUGUGGUAACUUUCAGGAAUUCGUUGAGAGAGAGAAUUUACAACCUGAGCAGAUUUAUGGAGCUGAUCAGACUGGAUUGUUUUGGAAAUGUCUCCCCUCAAGAACAUUAGCUUUUGAAACCGAGCAGAGUGCUUCUGGUUAUAGGUCAAGCAGAGAGAGAAUUAUUAUUAUGUGUUGUGCAAAUGCCACAGGUUUACACAAACUUAAUCUUUGUGUGGUGGGAAAAGCCAAAAAACCUCGUGCAUUCAAAGGAGCUGACCUUUCAAACCUUCCUGUCACUUAUUUCAGUCAAAAGAGUGCAUGGAUAGAACACUCUGUUUUCCGACAGUGGUUUGAGAAAUACUUUGUGCCACAGGUGCAGAAACAUUUGAAAUCCAAGGGGCUUCUAGAAAAAGCCGUGCUGCUUUUGGAUUUCCCCCCGGCGCAUCCAGACGAAGAACUGCUGAGGUCAGAUGACGGCAGAAUAAUUGUGAAAUAUUUACCACCAAAUGUCACCAGUCUCAUUCAGCCUAUGAGCCAAGGCGUUCUAGCCACAGUGAAAAGAUACUACCGAGCAGGACUUCUCCAGAAAUACAUGGAUGAAGGAAUUGACCCCAGAAUGUUCUGGAAGAACUUGACCGUGUUAGACGCAAUUUAUGAAGUGUCGAGGGCGUGGAACAUGGUAAAGUCAAGUACCAUAACCAAAGCCUGGAAAAAACUCUUCCCUGGCAGCGAAGAGAGCUCAGGCAUGAACAUUGACGAAGGAGCCAUUUUAGCGGCUAACUUAGCCACCGUUUUGCAAAACACAGAAGACUGUGAACAUGUUGACCUUGAGACUAUCGACCAGUGGUUUGACUCCCGGAGCAAUGACUCGAGCUGUCAGGUGCUAACUGACAGUGAAGGUGCUGAGGACCCGGCCAAGCCUGCCGAGCACAAGCCCUCCAGCAAGACGCGAAGAGCAGACCUGAAUCCAGAGAAGCAUAUUAGCCAUAAAGCUGCCCUCGAAUGGACCGAGAAUUUACUGGAUUAUCUAGAACAACAAGAUGACAUGCUUCUGUCGGAUAAACUGGUCCUGCGGAGGCUUCGAACCAUAAUAAGAAGGAAACAGAAGAUCCAGAAUAACAAGAGUCGUUGACAGUGCGCGGAAGGGUUUCCGUGCGUUUGCGUCUUUGUGACUUUAUCUGCAGUGGAACUUAUUUUCUUGUUUGAAGUGCUGUGGAUUUCCAGGCCAAAUGCAUUUUAUAAAUGAUUUUAGGAUUAGAUGCCGUUUUGGAUUUACUUAAAUGACUGCGCUUUGGUGUCGAUUCUAGGACGUGAGCAUUGACAUGUGCUUUGUUUAGCUCCUGUCUCUAAUCUGUGUUAUACUAAUUCGACCGUAAGGUCCCUGAGGCCACGGAUCUCGUGACUGUUUCGUGCCUGAAUUUCAUUGUCUAUUAGAGGACCGUGCACUCUCUAGGCAAUCAAUAAAUCUUACUUCAAUUUUUA